UUCUUUUUCAUUAGGGUCUAAAUCGUACGCGUUUGGUGGUUCAUAUCUUGUAUUGGACUGUGUCGUUCCUGUUCGUUGUUUUCUGGAACGAUUCAAUUACUAAUCUGUGGGUGUUCUACUUCGCUCCGAAUGGGCUCGAGCCACGGCCAUGAUUGUGCACACCCGUUGUCCGCGAUAAGUUACUUGUAUUCCCUAUAGGGGUUUCCAUUGAGAUGAACAUCUUGACUGCCACAUUAUAUACCUCAUACUGCUACCAACAAGGCCUUUACUUAAUACCAGAGCUCAGCUGUUAUGAACUUGAUGAGCUCUUGAUACUGAGAGUAAGGAAGAUACACUAGCUGAUAAAGGAUAAAUAUGGAGAAGAAAGUGCAGGGGAAGAAUCCUAUUAAAAAUACUGGAAAUAGCCAGGAAAGUACAAAUAAUAACACUUCAUCAAACUUUGAAGAACUGGAUCAUUCUCUUCUUCAGACUCCCUUAAACCUAGGAACUAAGGAUAUUCGGCAGAUUCUGCAUUGCUUGCAGAGUGGUACACGGGAAGUAAGAGACAUAAUCUUAAAUGAAUGUAGCAUUAUUUAUGAAUGUAAGGUUUGCCGAAACAUGUUUCGAAGUCUGGCAAACCUUUUGGCUCACAAACGCUUUUACUGCAAGAAACAUCUCUGUGAAUCAAUGGUUCUUUUGUUUGAGAACCCUCCAGAAGAAGUGAUAACAGUUCAGCCAGAAAGUCCAAAAGAGGAAGAACAAAAUAAAAAUUACCCAGAUAUGGCUUGCAAACCUGAAGAUAUAAAUUCCAAUGACCAGGUCAUAGACACAUGUGUAGAACCUAUAAUACAACUUUCUGUUCCAAAAAUUUACACACCCACUAAGGAAGCAGCCAAAAGUAUUGGAGGAGUAGUGUCUCCAGGUCCAGGUAAGGAUCAUACAAGCAGUCACCAGGAGCAUACUAGUAAAGAGAAGGAGCUGCCAAUGACAGAAUCGUCUGUUUAUUUACAACCAAUUUUUGGAAAUUCCAAUGCAAUGAUGCAGACAAUCAAACCACUUGAAACACUGGAUAAUAAAAAUUCUGAAAAGCUGGAAAAUAUUUCAGAAGAAAGAGAAAUGCCAACUAAAGAAGAGGACACAGUUGUUAUUCCAGAUGUCUUGCCACAUGAAAGCACAGCAAAAGAAAAAAACCAUGUUGAAUGUUUUGUAUCCCCAACACAUUCAUCAAGUAGGGCUAAACAACUAGCAAACCGCACAGACUGUGAUAUCCAGACACUGACUUGUUUAAGAUGUGAAACACAUUACGCCUCUAUAAGCACCCUUUACUACCAUAUGACCAGAAUUCAUGCUGAAAAACGAAUAGUAUAUCCUUGCAUGUUUUGUAAUUCAACUUUUGUUCAGAUCUGGGGAUUAACACGUCAUUUAACCCACAAUCAUCAGAAAACCAAAGCACAGUUAAAAGAACUGAAAAAGCAAGUAAAAUGCUAUUCUUAUGAAGAAACUAGAAAUAGAAACUUUCAAGAUGGCAAGAAAAGAAAAGAGCUUGACUCUUCAGAAAACACUAAUAAUAUUAACAAUAAAUUGCAGUUGCACACAUGCUACAAGUGUGGGAGAAAAUUUAUGCGUAAAUCAUCACAACUUUCUCAUGAACUCUACUGUAGUAAUCAGUUUCGGUCAGUAGGAGAUAAAAUAGAGCAACAAAUUAAACCUUCUACUGGAAUAAGUGUUACACCAAAUGUUAUUUCUCGACCUAAGCGGGUAGCAGAAAAAAAAGUGCCUGAAGAUUUUGUAAAUAGCCAAACUCUAUUUAGACGGGGUUGGAAACAUGAUAAAAAAAGCCCAUCAAAAAUGACACAAGUAAAUAAUGAACCUUUUCAAAAUGCACAAAAGUUUAUAGAUAUCAAAAAUGUGUUUUGUAAAAAAUGUCACAGGCGGUUUUCCUCUGUCUCAAACUUAAAGCGUCAUGUGGCAGUGCAUGCUGGUGUGCGACGUUUUAAGUGUAAAUUGUGUUCUUAUCAGUCUUAUACCAAGUCUGAUUGUCGUAUUCAUAUACAACGGAUGCAUAGUAAACCAAACAGUACUCAAGAUGUUUUGGAAAAACUUAUUAUUGAUCUUCCAGUUAAUACACCUGUGACUCAGACAGCACUAACUAAAAUAGAAGAACCAGAAACAAGUCCAAAGAAGUUGGAAGAUAGUAAACAGACAAAUCUUGAUGUAGAAUUAUGGGAUCAGUUACAAAUAUUUGAUAAUACAAAACCUGUACCAUCAUUACAUACCCCAGAAAAGACCAAAGAACAUUGUGUGAUUCGACUUAGGGGCUGUAGUAGCUCUAGUUCAUUGACUUCAAGUAAUUCUUCCCCAGAAAAUAUAUCAGUUUAUCGACUUGCUUCUUCUGCUAGCACUGUUAUCCAUUCUUCUUCUUCUAAGCCCCUGUCCAAUCUUUGUGAUUCUCUGUCAACACUUGUCACUCGAUCUGGGAUUUACAAGAAGAAGUACACAGUUUCCAUUCCUAGUAAUGCUAAUUUCAAGAAUAACUCAAAACCUAGUGAUAAUUCAGAAAGUAAAAAAGCGCCUACUUCUGUUAUUGUGACAUGAAAGAACUGAAUUAGUAUUUCAAACAAAGAAACAGGAAAACCAUCUGCAUUAAUAAACUCAAAAUAAUUUAGUUUAAAGAUAAUAUUUGAUAAAUAACUUCCAGGAAAGUACUGUUACAGAAGGUGAUAAAGAUACUUGUGAAAAAGUAUCAAAGUAUAAAGUUUUGUGGAAAAAUAACUUCAAAGAAUUAAAUAAAGUUUGCUUAAAGAUUAAGCAGUACACAAAUCCAGAUCGUUUUUUUUUCAAAAUUCUAUUUGUUAUAAAAUAUUUCCUAAUAAUUGAAACUUGCCCUAUCCAUUUGAUGAUGGUAAUUUGUUUAGGAUUUUAACCACAUUUUUACUUAGGUGUGGGAUGAAAAGAUCAGAUACUGUUAAUCACCAAAUAUGUUAUGUAAGAUAAUCACACAUUAGUGUUUCUGUAAAUGACACAUAGUGUUAGACAUCACUGAUGCUUGGCAAGAUGUGUUUUUUUCAUUCACAUUAUUGUAAAUGUAAAUGAUAUGUUUAGUAUAAGACAUUAUUGACUGCUGGGUAAAUAUUUUCAAUUGCGUCAGUGUAUACAAGUAAUUAACAGGUCAGACACAGUUGACUGCUGGGUAUGUUGUGUAUGCAGUUGCACAUAAGUUUGAGUAGUACCAGAUGCUGUUAACACCAAAAUAUAUAGCUUACCUGACCUAAACUGAUUUUAAAAGUCAGAAAAAAAAAUACUCUUGAUAUUAUAACGACAUUAUUUAUCCAAAUAAAUAACUUGGUAUGUUGCAACAGCGAUUUCAUCUUUUACGUUUAAGGUUUAUAAUGAAACUGAAAAUGGAGUUUAAAACUGUGAUCUUGUUUUUUUUUUAUUUCGUAGUAUACGUAAAUGUAUAUAUAUGCAAGAGCUGUUGCAGCUGGGAUACGUAAUGUGUUAGUGAAAUAGCCUUUUUUAUUAUUAUUAAUGAAAUAAAACAUAUUUUUCUUGCAAUGUUAAA